UUUAUUAGUCAGCUGUGUUAUAUCAUCACAAAAGUAAACCACGUUGUAUUGUAGGCUUCGUUGUUUAGUAAACAUAGUAAUAGGUUUUGCUUUCUGAAAAAUAAUGGCUUCCCGUGAUUAUAGUAUAAUUGAAUAUUAUGCCGAACAUGAAGGAUAUAGAUGUGGAUAUUGCAAAUCGACGGAUACAAACUAUAGUCAUGGUCUGUGGGCUCAUACAAUGACUGUCCAGGAUUACCAAGACAUAAUUGACCGCGGUUGGAGGAGAAGCGGACGCUACUGUUACAAGCCUACAAUGCAUGUGACAUGCUGUCCGAUGUACACAAUCAAAUGUGAAGCCUUGGAAUUUAAAAUAUCCAAGUCACAGAAGAAGGUAAUCAAACGAUUUAAUCGUUUUCUGGCUCAUGGUUUGUCCAAAUCAAAUGAUGAUGCCUUAUCUCUUGAAGGAUCAGAAGCUUCAGAUGACCAAAUUCAAGAUGGUGGAGAGAUGAUGGAUGUGCCCAAUUUCCCAAAGAAGUCUGAUCAGGCAAAAAAGCAUAAAGAAGAUGCCAAAGUUUUAUCUGUAGAUCCUUCCUUGUCUGGACGUAUAGAACCAGAGGGGAGUGAUCUGUCAUGUCCAGAGCCACCUGGUAAACAUAAAUUAGAAUUAUCCCUGGAAAAAUCAGGAGGCAGCAGUGAAACAUCAACUGACUCGAAGAAAGAUGCAAAUUUGCCUAAGAAAGUUUGUUUAGGACCAGAUGGAGCACGCCCACCAAUGAAGAAGGCUAAGCUUAUGCGUCUUGAAAGAAAACAAGAGAAGCUAAUGAAAAAGGGUUUCAGCAAAGAGGAAGCAGAGAGAAUGCUGAAAGAAAGGAAACAGCCACCUCCACAGGGCAAAUCGUUGGAGGAACUUUUAAAUGAACCACUCCCUGAAGACCCUGCUCAUCGACUUGAGUUAAAACUUCUGUCGGUGAAUUCAGAAGAGUUCAUGAAAUAUUUCAACCAAAGCCAUGCCCUGUAUGUUAAGUAUCAGGUUAUGAUUCACAAAGAAACUCCCGAGGAAUGCAACAGAUUAAAUUACUGUGAAUUCCUCAUUGACACGCCUCUCAAGCCAUGGAAACCAGUUGAUGGACCACCUCAUGGUUAUGGCUCCUUCCAUCAGCAAUAUUGGCUUGAUGGACGACUUAUUGCUGUUGCAGUAAUUGACAUACUGCCUUACUGUGUAUCCUCUGUUUACUUUUAUUAUGACCCAGAGUUUGGUCAUUUAUCGUUAGGAACUUAUGCUUCUCUCAGAGAGAUUGCAUUGGUAAGGUCUUUACACACACACAGCUCAGCACUGAAGUAUUAUUAUAUGGGUUUUUACAUCCAUACUUGUCCAAAAAUGCGAUACAAAGCUAGAUACAACCCAUCAUUUCUGCUGUGUCCAGAAACAUAUACUUGGCAUCCUAUAGAACAGUGCCAAAGAAAGCUAGAUGUCAGUCGAUAUAGCCGUUUUGAAGAAAACUCUUCAGUGCUGGAUGAAGACGGUCAAAUCAACAUAAAUGAGAUACUGAUACUGUUCCACAAACAGGCAAUGCCAUACUUCAUCUACAGAACACUAAAUAGAAAUACUGAUGAUAGUGAAGAAGUCAUGCAGUAUGCAAGACUGGUUGGUAUGAAAUGUGCAAGAAGAAUGCUGCUUGUGAGGGUUUGAUGCUAUGUAAUAUUAGAUACACCCAAAUGCACGUUAAUAUGUAUAGUGACAGGUGCAUUAUUUGUAUAUAGCUGAUGUUUGCUAAAAGAAGUUUAUUAGAGUGAUGUUCAUGGAAGAAUCUCUGGCUUCUUUAGUAACAAAUUAAGAGAUAAUCCUCCUCUUCUUAAAUCUUAUUGGCAGGUAGCCAUCAUACAGCUCUGAUUCAUAAUGUAUUUGUUGUGUUCAUUGUCAAUAAAGUUGUAUGUUGUUACUUAAUGAGGCUGCCUUCCUGUUUAAGUACCUGACUUGAAAUAUGUGGUUCUAUUUAUAUUGGCGUGACAGUGCUAAUAAUUAUUUGCAAUAGUUUCUUUCCUCUUUUCCUGUUUAACCAAUUUAUUACAUUGCCUUUAUAUUUUUACUUUAUUUUCAAGUACAACAGUUUCUUUAAUUUUGCCUUAUUAGCACAUUUAAGAUGCUUCUGAGUGAAUUAUACAUAUAAACUAUUCUGCUCCUCCAUGAUAAUAUUAACAUGUGAUGUCUCACUGAAAAUACAGCACGAUUUUCAAACUUGUUUUCCAAUUAAAUGACUUGGCUUUGUUGUUGUAUUUCAAAAUAAAACAAUGCAGAAAUAAAGUGAGUUCAGUUUGGAAAUAAUGACAGAUAUUGGGCUUUUCCAAAAUGUAAUCAGGAUAUUAUGUUUCAUGCAUUAUGAUGAUUAAUGUUUGCAAAUUU